AACCCAGCACCGCCCGGCUGGGCAGGGGGCGAGGGGCGGCGAGGAGUAGACACCCCAAGACCGCGACGGGCUGGCGCCGGGCCCCCAGCGCCCCACGACCUUCCUCCGAAUCUGUCCCCGCAGGCUCCGCGGCUCCCGCGCCCCGCGCCCCAGCCUCGCGGCCCCGCGCCGCACGGCCGCUCCCGUUCCGUCCUUGGAGGGUGUGGAAGGGUGGGUUUGGGGCCGGGGGCGGGUCUGGGGGCGGACCCGGAGGCGGGGCUGUCUCUGCGGCAGGGCCCAGCUUCGCUCCCCCCGGUCUGUCUCUGUCUCUCCUCCUCCCUCCUGCUCCGGGCGGAGCCCGGCAUGGGGGGGCCGGCGCCCGGCAGGCCAGGUACGGUGAUGGAGAAACUGGGGAGGCUUGGUGCAGGAAGGUUGGGGUGGGGGGACAAGGGACAGGGAGGAUUGGCGGAGCGAAAGGCGGAGAAGCCCAGGGUAGCAGGACAAGGGGAAGGGGAGGGGUGCCAGGAACCUGGGGCCCUUGGAUGGAGAAGGGGGAUGAAGCAGGCCAGGUUUGGAACAGGGGAAGGGGGAGGACGGCUAUAAGGAGGGGCGCCUGGGAGGAGAAGUGAGGCUGAAGGCGAAAAGAAGAGUGUAGGUUUGGGGGAAGGAAAACCGGAGCAGGUAUGAAGGCCGCAGCCCAGAAGGUAGCAAUGGGGCCAGACUGGAGCCCCCCGGGUGGGAUUGAGGGGCGGGGACUGGAAGAGGAAAACCGGGGGCCUCCCAAAUCCUGGAGGAAGAAGAAGUGGAUCCGGGACCCAGGGAGGGCCGCCCCCCGGGCCUGGUGGCACUGAGCAGGGCCCCCCAGCCCCCACCUCCUGCCCCACGAGAUGAACCUCCUUUACCGGAAAACCAAGCUGGAGUGGAGGCAGCACAAGGAAGAAGAGGCCAAGAGGAGCUCCAGUAAGGAGGUGGCCCCCGCUGGCUCGGCUGGGCCGGCGGCCGGCCAGGGGCCUGGGGUCCGCGUGCGGGACAUCGCCUCGCUACGGCGCUCCCUCAGGAUGGGUUUCAUGACGAUGCCUGCCUCCCAGGAGCACACCCCGCACCCCUGCCGCAGUGCCAUGGCCCCACGGUCCCUCUCCUGCCACUCGGUGGGCAGCAUGGACAGUGUCGGGGGUGGCCCUGGUGGGGGCGGUGGAGGCCUCACAGAGGACAGCAGCAUCCGAAGACCCCCUGCCAAGCCCCGGAGACACCCCAGCACCAAGCUUAGCAUGGUGGGGCCCGGGUCGGGGGCAGAGACGCCCCCCAGCAAGAAAGCAGGCUCACAGAAGCCAACCCCAGAGGGCCGAGAGUCCAGCCGGAAGGUUCCUCCACAGAAGCCCAGGCGAAGCCCUAACACCCAGCUCUCUGUCUCCUUCGAUGAGUCCUGCCCCCCAGGCCCCUCUCCUCGAGGGGGGAACCUGCCUCUUCAGCGCCUCACUAGGGGGUCCCGAGUAGCUGGGGACCCUGAUGUGGGUGCCCAGGAAGAGCCUGUGUACAUUGAGAUGGUGGGGGACGUCUUUAGGGGAGGAGGACGAAGUGGAGGAGGCCUGGCUGGGCCCCCUCUUGGGGGUGGGGGCCCGACCCCUCCAGCGGGCGCCGACUCGGACUCUGAAGAGAGUGAGGCCAUCUAUGAGGAGAUGAAGUACCCGCUGCCGGAAGAGGCCGGGGAAGGCCGGGCCAAUGGCCCUCCACCAUUGACCGCAACAUCCCCGCCACAACAGCCUCACGCCCUUCCGCCCCAUGCCCACCGCCGCCCAGCUUCAGCCCUUCCGAGCCGGAGGGAUGGGACGCCCACCAAGACCAUUCCUUGUGAAAUCCCCCCACCCUUCCCAAACCUCCUUCAGCACCGGCCUCCACUCCUGGCCUUCCCCCAAGCCAAAUCUGCUUCCCGAACCCCUGGCGAUGGGGUCUCGAGGCUACCUGUCCUCUGCCACUCCAAGGAGCCAGCCGGCUCCACCCCAGCUCCCCAAGUGCCUGCACGGGAGCGGGAGACGCCUCCCCCACCGCCUCCACCUCCUGCUGCCAACCUGCUGCUGCUGGGACCAUCGGGCCGGGCCCGGAGCCACUCGACACCGUUGCCACCCCAGGGCUCUGGCCAGCCCCGGGGGGAGCGGGAGCUCCCCAACUCCCACAGCAUGAUCUGCCCUAAGGCGGCGGGGGCGCCGGCAGCCCCCCCUGCCCCGGCCGCCUUGCUCCCCGGCCCCCCCAAGGACAAGGCCGUGUCUUACACCAUGGUGUACUCGGCGGUCAAGGUGACCACGCACUCUGUCCUGCCAGCCGGUCCACCCCUGGGUGUUGGGGAGCCAAAGACGGAGAAGGAGAUCUCAGUCCUCCAUGGGAUGCUGUGUACCAGCUCGAGGCCCCCCAUGCCAGGGAAGUCCAGCCCCCACAGUGGGGCCAUGGGCGCAGCAGCUGGGGUCCUCCACCACCGCGGCUGCCUGGCCUCCCCCCACAGCCUUCCAGACCCAACUGCAGGCCCCCUGACCCCGCUGUGGACCUACCCAGCCACAGCAGCUGGGCUUAAGAGACCCCCUGCCUAUGAGAGCCUCAAGGCUGGGGGGGUGCUGAAUAAGGGCUGUGGUGUGGGGGCCCCGUCCCCCAUGGUCAAGAUUCAGCUGCAGGAGCAAGGGACCGAUGGGGGUGCUUUUGCCAGCAUCUCCUGUGCCCACGUCAUCGCCAGUGCAGGGACACCAGAGGAGGAAGAGGAGGAGAUGGGCGCCGCGACAUUUGGGGCAGGCUGGGCCCUGCAGAGAAAGGUCCUCUAUGGAGGGAGAAAAGCAAAGGAGUUGGACACAGAGGUCGAGGAUGGUGCCCGGGCCUGGAAUGGCAGUGCCGAGGGUCCAGGCAAGGUGGAGCGUGAGGACAGGGGCCCGGUGACAUCAGGGAUCCCAGUGAGGAGCCAGGGGGCAGAGGGCCUGCUGGCCAGGAUCCACCACGGAGACCGAGGAGGGAGCCGCACCGCGCUGCCCAUUCCUUGCCAGACCUUCCCUGCCUGCCACCGCAAUGGAGACUUCACGGGAGGCUACCGCCUAGGGCGCUCGGCCUCCACCUCCGGAGUCCGGCAGGUUGCGCUCCACACACCCCGGCCCUGCAGCCAGCCCAGGGAUGCCCCGAGCCAGCCCCACCCGGCGCUGCCGCUGCCGCUGCCCCUGCCGCCCCUGCCGCCCCUGCCGCCCCAGCCGGCCCGCGAACGCGACGGGAAGCUGCUGGAGGUGAUCGAGCGCAAGCGCUGCGUAUGCAAGGAGAUCAAGGCGCGCCACCGCCCGGACCGAGGCCUCUGCAAACAGGAGAGCAUGCCUAUCCUCCCCAGCUGGCGGCGGGGUCCCGAGCCCCGCAAGUCCGGCACCCCGCCCUGCCGCCGGCAGCACACGGUCCUCUGGGACACCGCCAUCUGAGGCGGGCGGGGGGACCUGGGCGCCUGGACUGGGGCGGGGGCGGGCACGCCUGGCUCUCCCGGGAGCCUCGCCUUGAGAGACAUUGAAGGACCACGUGGGAGAGUGCCAGGGAGAACCCCUGCCCUCCACCGUACCCCCUGGGAUGGAGAGAGUCUGCCAGGCCCAUUGGGCUUAGGGUGCCAACAGCGCUGCUGAGAAACUUGGAGGAGGAGGAGGGUUUGCUUGAGGUUGGGGCGAGGCGCUCUGGCUGUUCUUCCCCCUGGGCGCUAUGCGUGUCUCCUCCUGAACCAAGCCAGAGGUCAGCAUGGGGAAGGGAGGAAGGAAGGGAUGGGAGGAAGAGGGGGGUGGGUGAGCUCAAAGAGAGGGACUAGAGUGCCAGAUGGAGGAGCUCUUUUCUAGAGAGCCGGGAGUUGGGGAGGGGGUAUUUAUUUUGUUAUUUAUUUCAGUCUGGAGGGCGAUUCUGGGCCCUUCUGACCUACUCCUGAGCCGGGAGUGGAGAAUCAGGGCCAAGUUUGCACUCUCCCCAGUGCCAAUGCCUAAAGGCCCCGCCAUCCAUGCCACCCCACAGCCAAGGAGGGGUCCGCAUGGGGAG